AUGAAUUGUGCCCUUGGUUUGAUAAAGAAGAACCUGGUACAGCACGUGGCACUCACACCUUCCAGCGCUUUAUGCAAAGCAACGCGCGGAUACAUCUGCCGCGCGGCUGCGCGCCGCGCCUGCCGCUUACCGGAAAAGGAAGGGACGGUCCGCGGACUUUCUGAUGAAAUCUCUCGCCGGAGAGGCAGACAGACAAAUCAGCUUCCCGGCGGCUUCACCUCCCUGGUGGACGGACAUCGAGCAUCGGAACCGGACAACAUGGAUCUCUUCCGCUGCUUAGACGGAGACCAGUCGCCGUUUCACGGAUCCAACAUGUCCUGCCUGGCUCUGUAUUUCAACUCUGGUUCCACACGGAAGAAGUCCCAGCACCAUUUCGAGUCUGACGCCGAAACUUUUACACUGAAGGACGUCUAUCUGACGGCCAGAGCGCGCCUUCAUCUGCCCCUUUCGGCGUCGCCUCGGUGGGAUUUGACAGCCAGGAAAGCUCGUGGAUCGGCCUCCUCGAGGCCCGCGCUGUCGCUACUGCGAAAGGUUCGGCGCUGGAGCGCGGCUCCCGCGGAGCUCAGCAACAGUUUUAUCGGCGAGGAAAGGGAGAUUUUACGGCAGCUGAAUGAAAUAAUCCCGCAUCAUCUCAGCUUCACGCAGUGUCCACAUGACGGAGCAGGCGGCCUGCUGGAGCCGGGGUUCGCCGGCUCUGUGCCCUGGCUGAGCGCGGUGCCGGUGCGGCAUGUCGGGACGGAGCUCCAGCCGCAGGUCGGGUACCUCUCCUCGGUCCGGGCGCUGCUGGGCUCCCAGGAGGCCGCUGGAGGGAAGGCCUGGGCGGUGAGCCCCGCCGGAAAGAGCGGGCCGUGGUGGGGCAGCUUUCUGUGGAGGGGGGACGUCCAACCGGAGCGGGCAGAGUCCCAAACAAACCGCCCACCUGACCCAGAAAGCUCUGGACCCCCCCAGCAGCUCAACAAUGCAGACACAGUCCAGAACAUGGCGGCUCGGCCUGGACCCGAACAAGACCAGGGCUACCACAGCCUGGAGGAGGAGCUGACCCAGCGGGCCACCAGGAGCCCUCCAGAAGAGCAGCAGCCUCAGAUGGAGCCGGUACCAGAAGAACCAGAACCAGGGGCAGAGGAGGUUCUUUUAACGCCUCAGUGUGGAAACAAAUCCAUCGCCUUCAUCAUGGGGCUGCCCUGCAGUGACGACGACAGCAGCAGCCUGUCUGAGUCUGGCUCUGAUGAUGAUGACGGGUUUGACAGCGAAGGUUCCUCAGAUCUAACCUCUGAUGAAGAUGAGGAUGAUGAGGCGUCGGACUCGGACAGCGAACCCGACCAGGACUCGGAGCGUCUCUGGAGCUCCUUUAGCCGGAGCGUCGACCCCUACAACCCGCAGAGCUUCACCGCUUCGCUGCACACCGGCCGCUGCCCUCCUGCUGACCCCGGCGCCGCCCUCCCUGACCCCGUGCCCUUCCAUGCUGCCUCCUCUCCCCCCUCCAGCCAGGACACCUGGGACGACUCGGCGUCGGCCAGCGAGGCGGAUGAGGCGGAGAGCCUCCGCCUGCUGCGCUCCUUCAGCAGCUCCUUGGACCCCUACAGCCCCCUGAACUUCCAGGCUCCGCUCAGGACUCAAGGGCCCGCCGGGCCCCCCUCCAGAACCAGGAGCAGAAGCAGCCCACAGACCGCCCACCAGAACCUGGCGGCGCCACCCGAGUACAGGAGGGAGGAGGCCGAGGACAGGCUGGACAGCGGCUUCGCUGAGGCCGCUGCCUCCAACCGGAGCACCAAGAAGGUCCGGUUCUGUGACGAGGUGGAGGAGUUCUUCGCCAGCUGCGGUGAGGAGGAGGACCGGCGCGGCCCGUGGGAGGAGCUGGCCCGGGACCGCUGCCGGUUCCGCCGCCGCUGCCAGGAAGUGGAGCGCAGCAUCGGGUUCUGCCUGGCGCCAGCGCACCGCCACCGGGUCUACCAGGGACUCUCGGCCCCCUCUGACUCCUGACCCGGGCCCGGUUCCGACCCGGUUCCGGAGCGCAGGUCGGACCUCGAAUAGCUGCUGCUUUCACCAAAUCACUACACAGCCAGUCAGUGGCCUGGCAUUGAGCCCCGCCACCUGCUGGUUCUGGUUCCGCUGGUUCUGCUCUGACCAGCAGGUCCAACGUUUGAAGGAAUAUUUUGACUUUAUUAAAAUCAGUCUGUUGCCAAUUAAAAGUUUCUUUUAAGGAUUCGGGCUCCAAUUAAAGCCUGAGCAGGUGUGUUAACGAGCUGCUUAACGAGAAGCAGAACCAGUUGGCCCAUUAAAACCAAAGAAGAAGAGUCCGUGUUCUGGUGCUGCUCGGCAUCGCUGAGGUGUUAAAUGUUCAGCAGGAGGCGCUCAUCGUUCAGACAGAUCCUGUCUGGUUCUGAUCCAGUCCGGUUCUGGUCUUGGGUCCGGUCUGGUUCUGGUUCAGUCCGGUUCUAGUCUUGGGUCCGGUCUGGUUCUGGUUCUGGUUCAGUCCAGUUCUGGUCUUGGGUCCGGUCUGGUUCUGGUUCAGUCCGGUUCUAGUCUUGGGUCCGGUCUGGUUCUGGUUCAGUCCGGUUCUAGUCUUGGGUCCGGUCUGGUUCUGGUUCUGAUCCAGUCCGGUUCUGGUCUUGGGUCCGGUCUGGUUCUGGUUCUGGUUCAGUCCGGUUCUGGUCUUGGGUCUGGUCUGGUUCUGGUUCAGUCCGGUUCUGGUCUUGGGUCCGGUCUGGUUCUGGUUCAGUCCGGUUCUGGUUUUGGGUCCGGUCUGGUUCUGGUUCUGGUUCAGUCCGGUUCUGGUUUUGGGUCCGGUCUGGUUCUGGUUCUGGUUCAGUCCGGUUCUGGUUUUGGGUCCGGUCUGGUUCUGGUUCAGUCCGGUUCUGGUUUUGGGUCCGGUCUGGUUCUGGUUCUGGUUCAGUCCGGUUCUGGUCUUGGGUCCGGUCUGGUUCUGGUUCUGGUUCAGUCCGGUUCUGGUCUUGGGUCCGGUCUGGUUCUGGUUCAGUCCGGUUCUGGUCUUGGGUCCGGUCUGGUUCUGGUUCUGGUUCAGUCCGGUUCUGGUUUUGGGUCCGGUCUGGUUCUGGUUCAGUCCGGUUCUGGUUUUGGGUCCGGUCUGGUUCUGGUUCUGGUUCAGUCCGGUUCUGGUCUUGGGUCCGGUCUGGUUCUGGUUCUGGUUCAGUCCGGUUCUGGUCUUGGGUCCGGUCUGGUUCUGGUUCUGGUUCUGGUUCUGGUUCUGGUCUUGUUCCUGCUCUCCAAGCGGGCCUGAAGGCAGCAGAACCUGCACUAUGGGGUUAGUUUCCAUAGCAACCACUAGCCGCUGCCUUCAGGGUCUGAGAGAGUGUGGGAAUUCUGAGGUUCUAACAAUAUUUUAAUUCAAACUGAAUUUAUUUCUCAGUUCUGAAUCCCAAAUGUAUUCUAAUCAGUUUAACGCCAGACUCACUGAGAACCAGUUCUGACUGGUUCUGACUGGUUCUGGAGGCUCGUCUGAUGAUCGGUUUGAUUAUUAAAAUCCACAGGUGUUUGUUGUUAAAUCACCUUUAUUUUUAGAGCGACUGGAUCUGCUGGACACUGAGAGGUUGAGUCACCUGCAGUGGUCUCCUGGUGCAUUCACUGACCCGCAGCUGAAUGGGACAAUCAACAGAUCUCAGUGCAGGAAGCAGAAUGUGCUCCAUCAUGUUCAGGACUGAUAAUAUUAAUCAGAGUGAACCUCCCUAUUUGAUCAGGAUCUUUGGUGUUAUUUUAAUUAGAGGAAGGUUUUAUUUUUCUAACUCGUAGUUUGAUUGGAGCUCUGCUGCUCCAUCUCCCCCCAGAUAACAAUGAGUUAAUAAAUAAUCGCUGAUGAUCAGAA